AUGAAACCAUCACUCGCGCGGCCAAUCUGCCGCAAUCUCAUAUCCAACGCUAGAUUAUAUCCCUCGCCCAUUGCCAUUUCGCAAUUACAACCACAACCACUUCACGGUCACCAACCGCUUCAACCACGGACACCACCACCAACACCACAAACUACCCCACGACGGACAUUCUUCUCCCUCCCAGACCUCUCCUCCGUCCUCCCGAACAACAACUCAAACGGUAACAACAACAACCGCACCCGCACCCUAACCGCAACCCGAACCCUCCCCUACGCACCAAAACCCCUCUUCAUCGUAAUCGCGUCCGUCGACUCCUACUCCCAAUUCCUCCCUUUCCUCACAGCCUCCACCGUAACAGCCCGCGACCCGACCACAAAUUACCCAACCACCGCCUUCCUGACCGUCGGCUACGGACCUCUCAGCGAGACAUUUACUUCGCGCGUGGACUGUGAUCCGGAGAAUCUGGUUGUUGAGGCGAGGAGCGGGGCGCGGUUUGGAGUUGAUAAGAAGGGUGGACAGGAAGUGAUGGAGUUUCCGGGGGCGAGGGAGGGAAUUUUUGAGUAUUUAAGUACGAGGUGGGAGUUGGUGCCGUUGGAGGGUGGAAAUGAGACGAGGGUGCAGUUGAAGAUUGAGUUUGAGUUUCGGAGUCAGUUUCAUGCGGCUGUUAUGAGUGCUGUCGAGGGGCAGAUGGCGGGGAUUAUGAUUGAGGCGUUUGAGAAGAGGAUGAGGGAGGUUCAGAGGUAG